AUGGAAGAAAUGAUGAAGAUGUUCUACAAGCUUGAACAAGAUGGCAUAGAAUCAACGUUAGAAACUUAUAGUAUUCUACUAGAUAGUCUUUCAGCAGCCGAAAAAUGUAGGAAAUGUAUGGAGAUUCUUAGUUGGUUGGGAAGUUCGAGUGUACAACCUCAAGUCAACAUGUACAAGAAGGUUCUCAAAUGCUUGGAGAAUGAGGGUAUUCCUUUUGGUGCAGUGACAGAAGUGGUUGCUCCAACGGGAAGUUGUAAAACACAAUUAUGUCUCAUGCUUUCAAUGUUAGCAGCACUGCCAGAGAGUCAUGGAGGACUUAAUGGAAAUGUUGUCUAUAUUGACAUAGAACACAAAUUUAACUUAGGAACGAUGAUAGAAAUUAUGAAGUCCAGGUUUCCAGAUAUCUUUCACAAAGAAGGGAUGUUGCGGGAUCUUGCUGCUCGAGUGUUGGUUUUGCAAAUUUCAUCAGUAACUGAGUUGGCAGAAAGCUUGUGGCAACUAGAAGUAUCAGUCACUCAACAUUGUAUAAAGUUGGUGAUUAUUGACAGUAUGGCUAUGCUAAUUUCAAGUGAACAGGGGCAGGAACAAACUUCUUCAAAACAUGAUGCAAUAGGUAGUCAGGCAUCCAUUUUAAAAGCUCUUGCAGAGGUUUCAAGGAUACCUAUUGUGGUAACUAACCAAGUAAGAUUGCAAAAUCCACAAGAUGAUAAGAGUUUUAUUUUCCCAUUUGAAGCAUCUAAGAAGAAGAGUGAUCACAUUAUAACACCCAAAAGAUUUGAGGCACACCUAACUACAGUUUUAGGAACAAAUUGGGCUCAUGUUGUGAAGAUCCGCCUCAUUCUUGACUCUUAUGCAGUGCUGCCACAGUCUCCCAUGCAUACCAGAAGUCUCGCAACACUAAAAUUCCAUACUAAAAAAAUGUUGAAAAGUGCAAGCACAAGCAAUUUCAGUUGGAAGGCAUUGAAAGGACAUUAA